AUGGCGGACAUGUCAAAGGAUGAGAAGAAGAGGAAGAAGAAGAAGACACCCGUUAUGGAUGUCAAUGGGGACGCGGGGGUAAAGGAUGAGGAGGUGCAGCAGCUGCUUCAGAGCGGGGUUUGGAAAACCAUGAAGCAGGAGGAGACGGGGAGGACAUAUUACUACAACACAAAGACGAAGCAGACAUGCUGGGACUUGAAGAAGGAGCUUAUGAAGCAACGCCGGGCUCAAGAGGAGAGAAUUGUCGAGGACACGGCAGCCGAAGAGAGGACGACGGCAAAGGUGGAGGAGAGGGAGGCGGAACCCUCGGUGUCUUCGCGUGGUGCUGCCGAGGCUUAUGUGGAUUCCGCGGCGUCUGUAACAAAUCAACAUAUGGAUUUGACUGUGGUGCCUGCGACACCUCUCACGGACGACGCAGGAAAUAAUAACAAUAACGAGCUCAGAAACGACAAGGGUGACAACAGCCAUCAGACAGUUUUUUCUUUUAGCGAGAAGGGACGGGAACUUAUGCAGAUUGAGACGUAUAAGGAUCCUCUGGAGCGUCUUAUGGAUGAGACGAAUUUGCUGGAAAAACUCAUGUUGUCGUCUGGUACAUCACAAGCGAUGGCAUUGGACUUUCAACGCUCCUACGAGGCCUUGGCACGCACCAACAAGGCCCUCACCACACAGAUGAUGAAGAUGAAGCAGGAGUAUGGGGCGAUGGAAAUGGCACUGAAGGAGGCAAAUAUGAAGUUGUAUGAAAAGGAUCUGGCGCUACGUGAGCUGCAAUGCCGGACGAGGGCUGUGGACAAAAAAGAUGAGGCGGAACGAACACUUAUAUUUCUCCGUGAACAGAAUCAAGAGUUGGUCCGGCAGGUGGGUGAACUCACGGUUGCUCUCUCACGUGGGUUUAAUGAGUUAGCGUAUCAGCGGGCCCUCACCUCCGGCGUGGGGGAAGUCGACCCAGAGAAAAUGGCUGCGAAUCCCCCGUCAUUGGGCCAGAAGGACUCUCUCGGAACGACGCUCGAUCGCGUUCUCAACAACGCGGUAACAAAAAGUAUCAUUUGUUCCGUGUGCAUGGGGGAACUAGAGAAGUUGCGGCUCAGUCUGCUGUCAGAUGAGGAAAAAACAGUCGUGCCGACAUCAAGGGUCACGUGCCCUUCUACUGCCACUGUUGGUGUUGGCCACCAUCAUCAUGCGCAUUAUGUUCCUGCGGUCCCACAUGCAGUGGCAUGUAAUUACCCCGACCAACCAACAGCCAAGAUGAAGGGAGGAAAGGACAGCGGCGACACUGGCGGAAGCAGUGGCUACUUUCAACGUCAACCACCACCAUCACCGCCAUCGUCACCCUACCAACAGCAGCGACAGGGCCAAAUCGGAACUCAUGGUGGUUUGGGUGUCCAGCAAUCGUCAUGUUCAGCGCCACAGAAUGACCUGGCUCAUUAUUCUUACUCGCGCAAUGGUGUCGGACUGCAGUCUUAUCCAUAUCCACGGCAGCUGCCGUCACCUGAAAAGGCAUACGGCCGGACAGCUUGGAAUGCUCAGGCAGACGACGGGGAAAACGACAAAUACGCGGAUCAUUUUCCUAGAGUAUCCAUGAAUCGUCGAUCUGAGUCGCGGAAUUCCGUGGUCAGUGCCGCUUCUGUCUUUGGUGGAUUCCGCAUUCGUCCCUCGCAUUGA